AUGUAUGCUCCGGGUCCAUCGAGCGCUGGAAUGACAUACUCCAUGCCGCGAGCUUCUCAUGCCCCCGUCGCCCACACAGACGAGCGCUCGCACGCAACUGCGAUGUGGGACGACUCAUCGAGUGGGUCCAAACGGAGUGCUGCCACUCCGCUCGCCGCCGCUUCGCCUACCUCGCCACCAAAAAUGACCACUGCCUGCACCAGGUGCAGCAAUCUGAAAGUAAAGUGCGAUGGUCAGCAACCUUGUGCAAAGUGCAUCACAGCAGAGAAAUCGGAUGAUUGCGAGUACAGGGCUGCAAAGAAGAGAGGGCCGCCUAAGGGAUGUCCGGCGCGGGGCGGCAUCAAGAAGCGAAGUUUCCUGGAAGGCGUCACUCAGCAGGACGAGCCUAGUGCGCCUCCGAGGAAAACGAGAGGGUCAUCGGAGACUACACGCAAAAGAGGAACCAAGUUGGCAGGAUCAGAGGGGGAUCAAGUUGAUGACGAGGCCUACAAGGCGGCGCGAGGGUUGCGCGACCUUCAUGGUCAAACAAGUCCUUCCAGCUCAACGACGUACAGCACAGCGCACAGCACCCACAGUGCGGGCCCAGCAUACGCAUCAGUCCUUGCAGCAAGCGAAGCAGAUGCUGGUCAUGGGCUACUCGCACUCGGAGUGGCAGCAGCGCAAGCCGCCGAGUCUAACAAUCAACGCUCCGGAGGCUUUGGACAACUACAGCCAGGCUUUCCCGAGCAGUGGCCAGCCAUAGGCGCCAAGCAUGGCUCUCCGCCCUUCGCUCAACCCGAUAUCAACCCACAGCGGCGCACCGAGGCUGCCGAGCACAUGGGCUUGAGUCGAUCAGGGCUAGAGGCCUGGCAAACGACCUCAGCGCAGCGUGCAUCUUCGCCAAUCACGUCCAGCGCACCGCGUCUGAUCGCAGAUCCUACUGCGGCAAGUGCUGUCACUCGAGGCGACGGUAGCAUCUUCCCAGAUCUCCGACCGUUCGCUUCUCGACAGUCGUCUUAUGGCUUCAGUCAUGCGAGAACGCCUAGUGCUGGCUCGCAUCAGCCGGCGUUCCUCCCGGGCGCCACCCAAGGUCAAGGUGCACCAACAAAUGGAUGGCACGUUUCAAAUCCCCAAACUGGUCCCACUCCAGCCACGUCACAAUACAGCAACGAGCAAGCUGUAUCCGGCGCUCUACCAUUCGCUAGUGAUGCAGCAAAAUUGAGCGGUGAUCACUACCUUGCGACGCUAGAUGAUCGGGUUGAAAACAGUCUGUGCCAGUGAGCGCCAAAGUUGCAACCUUCCAAUGAGAUGAGUGGCUGACCAAACAUCAUCCGUCCUCUCAGGUACUUUCUCGCCUUUCAUCACUCUCUAUGGCCAAUGUUCUACGCACCCACAAUCACAUCUCUCAAGGAAUUGCGCAAGCGCGAGCCGAACUUGUGGAAGGCAGUCAUUGGAGGGGCAGCUGCGACCGCAGAUGUCGAAUCAGGGCCCCCACGGUCAGGCAAGCCGCCCGUCGGCUUCACUGAACUCAGCGAAACUUUGAUCUCCGAUGCGAAGGCCAGCAUUCUCGCGAAUGAGCUUGGAUCACGUCCAAGGAUUGCCACGUGUCAGGCGCUCAUUCUCAUCACCCUAUGCGAGCUUGGCCAUGGCAGAAUGUCGUCCGCUUGGAAUCUUGGUGGUCUUGCUUGCAGAGUCGCUUUGGAUCUCAGACUUCACCUCGAGGACGACCGCCCUCUACUCGCCAGCACGGAGGCACUCAGCGAAUCGCGACCGUCUUCUUGGCUAAAGGCCGUGGUGCCUCAAGAGAGGAGACGGACAUUUUGGGCCUGCUACGCUCUCGACAAGAUGCUCUGCGCAGUGUUGGAGAAGCCUGUCAUGCUUCGAGCUGCCGAUAGUAGCCAGCCUCUCCCAAGCGCGUCGGAGCGCGAUGAGACCGACGUAUGGCUAUCCAGUGAGAGCGCUAAAUAUGCGGAAACCUUCGCUCGGAACGGCUUACAGGGUGUUCGCACACACUCACUCAGCAACUUUGUCGCAUGGGUCGAGACACUCCAGGCGCUCGAGACGGUUAUGCAAGAGGUGUACUCCUUGCGCGCUCGCAGUGAUCGCUGUGCGCCCGCUUGCAGCAGCAAUGCUUCGGAAGCCUCAUCAGGAGCGGAUGCUAGCGCUGCGCUCAAGCGCAACAAGCAGGUGCUGGUCUCAUGGACCCACAAUCUCCCUCGACACCUUCUCUGGGCAAGUCCAACGGCCAGAGCGAUAGGGGGUAUGGAUGCAACUCAGGUGCCGGGCUUCAACCCCCCGCCCGUAGUCACUCCUCAUCUGCUCACCGUGCGUGGAUGGUUUUGCACCACGGUACUGCUCUUGCACCGACCAUGGAUCAUGUCGGACAGCGGCAUCUCAAGCGACGUCAAAGGCGGGGAUCCUGCUGGAACUGGGACCUGGUGCGGUAGGCAGGCGACACGCGCGUGCGCCAAGCAAGUAUGCUUGGUUGCCGCGACGGAAUUGCUCGAGCUCUUUGCGUGCUACGAGAGAUGGUUCCGCUCCAGAAAGGUGCCCAGCAGUUGGCCGUGAGUACAACUUUGGAUCGAGGCACACAUGAUUUGCCCCUGCUCACUACUACUCUUACUGGGACACAGGUACUUGCUUUUCUCUGCUGCUACUGUCUUUGCGCCUUUGGCUGGAUUUGGUCGCAAGGCUGUCAAAGAUCGGUCAUCACAGGAUGGACUUGAUGUAGCCUCGGAAAAGUACGAAGCUUGUAUGGCGAUGCUCGAACGCUUGUCGCAGGUUUGGGAGUCUGCGCGACACCUGGCGUCUGUCCUCAAAUCUAUUCGCCGUUCGUCCGCCCUCGACAAAGCUGUGGAGGACCCAGGGUUGAACGAGCAGCUGCAAGCGGUGGUAGACAAGACCGCAGGAGCAGUUGCCGCGCAUCCGGGUCAUGGCGCUGGCGUAGUGCCGAUGACGCUCGGGGCUUACAUGUCCCGGCAGGCACAGCGAAACACACAGGAUGGCGGGUCUCCAAAGGAGGAGGACACUUCUGGUGAUGGGGACGUUUCGUCAGCCAUUCGUCCCUGGACCUCUCAUGGCGGACCAGUCUCGAUGACGCAGAACGGCCAAAUGAACAAUCAGCAUUCAGCAUACAAAGACGAGGAUUCGGCGAACAUGUUUGCUGGUCCUGAUGCCGUCGAUGCGAACGUUGAAGCAGGCCAUCAUGGUGACCAACCUCUGAUUGGCUCCGCGAUGGAAAGCAUGGACAACAUUGCCGGAGCUUCGCAGCUGUCUUCCGACAUGGUCAAUACUGGAGUGAACCUCAGCAGCGGAAUUUGGAACAUGAUGCCUCUGGGAAUGCCGGUCGCCGGCACGGAUCACGUGUGGGACACCUUCUUGGAUACUCUGGCCCGAUGA